CACCCACCCUCUUCAUAUCCUCAACUUUACCCACCCCCCACUCCCCGGAAAAUGCAAUUCUCCGCCGCUGUAACACCACCGCCGUACUCCUGCGUAUCCCGUAUUGCUCAUCUCUCUCACCUCCUUACCACCGAUGUUUCUUCUCUGAAAUCCCCAUCGAUUUUCCCAACUAAUCUCUUCAUUUGUCGAAGUUCCUUAACCCCCAAAAAACCCUCACCUUCCUUUUCAACUCCUAAGGUUUCCGUCUCCGGCGAUAGCUCCAAAACUCAGCUCAUUGAUCUAAUCGACGACGACGACGAAAUCGUUCGUCAAGCUCGGAGAUCUGCUGAUUGGAAGGCAGCAAGGGCACAUUAUGAGAAUGGAAUUGUGUAUCAAGGAAGGAUUGAAGGAUCUAAUGGAGGAGGUCUGUUAAUUAGGUUUUAUUCUCUUGUGGGGUUUCUUCCAUAUCCACAGUUGAGUCCAUCGCAUUAUUGCAAAGAGCCAGACAAGUCAAUUCAAGAGAUUGCAAAAGCCUUAACUGGUUCUCUCAUUUCUGUCAAGGUGAUUCAUGCAGAAGAGGAGAAAAGAAAACUUAUAUUCUCUGAAAAAGAAGCAAGUUGGUCAAAGUAUUCCAAUUCUGUAAAAGUUGGAAAUGUUUUUCAAGCAAGAGUUGGUUCUGUUGAAGACUAUGGUGCCUUUGCUCACUUGCGCUUUCCAGACGGGUCUUAUCAUCUUACUGGACUUGUACAUGUUUCGGAAGUCUCGUGGGAUUUGGUUCAAGAUGUGAGAGAUAUCUUGAACGAAGGCGAUCAAGUGAAGGUCAAAGUCAUUGGUGUCGAUAGGAAUAAAUCAAGAAUCACAUUGUCAAUAAAGCAAUUGGAGGAAGAUCCAUUGUUGGAAACUUUGGAGAAAGUGAUUCCUCAGGAUGGUUCAACUGGUUCUGAUUCCGACAACACUGCUGAUUAUGUUAUCGAGCCACUUCCAGGCCUCGAAACAAUAGUUGAAGAGCUACAACGAGAAGAUGGCAUAAUCGACAUAAAAAUAACCCGUCAAGGAUUCGAGAAACGGGUGGUGUCACAGGAUCUGCAGCUUUGGUUGUCGAAUGCACCACCUAAUGGCAACCAGUUCACUCUCCUGGCUCGAGCCGGAAGACAAGUGCAAGAAAUACAAUUGGUAACCUCACUCGAUCAAGAUGGGAUCAAAAGUGCGUUACAGCGAGUGCUGGAACGUGUUCCCUGACUCCAACUUUUACUUCCAAGUUUUCUCGAUAUAUAUAAUAUAUACACCAGUUCUUAUAGUUUCCUACUUAUUGUACAGAAAUCACAUCAAAACCUGUAACUAUUCUUUUACCAAAUCUUGAGUGUUGUUACAGUGGAUUCAUAACAUCAAGAUGCUUAUUUUGGG